GAUAAGCGACCGUUUGUGAAGAUCCGUGUACCUGAUGGUACCGGCGAAAGGGAAGUCAUUGCUGGUCCCGCGAUUACUACACCUCGAAGCAUUCCGGGUCGAGCGAUAUCGGGUCUCCCUGCGUAUGACGUAGAGACGAACAGUCUCAGGUUCCUCGAGGAUAUUUGGCGAGAUGGUAAUCUUCCUCGGGAACCAGAGAUUUUCAAUAAGGCUGGAGUGCACAAUGUCCCUACUUUCGUAUGUGGUGGUGUCGUCCCCGACCAGAUGACUAUCUCU